GUGUUCAGUAGUGUAAUGACAGGCUCUGGCUCAUUAUAUGAUUGCUACAAAUCACAGAAUGAAGAUAGUGUAGACCUACCUCAGACCUACAAUUCUCCCCUCUCAACAUCAGAAUAUUCUGCACCUGUGGACUCUUCCCUUUUAUAUGCACCAUGGUCUAUAUAUGGAGAUGAUAAGCAGUCUGCUGGUUCUCAGCUUAAUGUAAAGUCCAGGAUUCAGCCUGAAAGGAAUGAUUAUGGUAGUGAAACGGAUUUAUAUGGACUUGUGUCUAACAUCUUGGAAGAACAAGAUAAAUCUCAGCCAUAUUUUGCUGAUGGGAGUUGUUCUUCCAACUUGAAGUCAGUAUGGCCUGUGAACACAACCAGAAUCCCAGACCACCAUGACUUGUUGUCAGAAACUAAAAGACCAGUUGUAGCACCUGUCUCACAACAGGUUUUUUAUACUAGUGAAUCCACACCUGCUGAAAAACAGUACUUGCAGAGUGGUAAUCUUGCAUCCCAACAGAAAGUAGAUGAAUGUUAUCAUGGGUUUAAUGGCACAGACUUUGAAGAGCAGUGGUUAUACACUUCUCGGAAUGAUCAUGCCACCUGUUACAACGUGCAGACUAAUGAGAGUGUUAAGACAGCACCCGUGUUACAGAACUAUCCAUAUGUUAAAAACACCUUUACGCCUCAGGUUGGGUUUUCAGAAGUAAUCAAAGACUCGGGAGCUGAUGCCUACUCUUACGGGAGAGAGAAAGUAUGUCCCAAAGGUGCAGAUGUGCAGGUACAGCAAAAGCAGGCAGAAACAUUUCUUCCGCAAUUUCACAGAUAUAAUGAAAAUGCAGAUUAUAGUAGGUAUACUGAAUAUUCUCAUCCAAAUAAAGCAAAGCCUAGCAAGAGUAGCAAUUGUAGUCUCCAAGAAAAUAAAAAGUUGGUAAAUGGAACAACUGAGGCACCCUCUGUGGACACAGAAACCUAUACUAAGUUAUUUCAAGUUAAACCAGGAACUCAGAAGAAAAUGGAAGAUAUAAUUCCAGAUCAGCAAAACUUUACAUUUUCCAAGGCUGGAGGACUUCUGUCAGAAAAACAAUUUGCAAAUAAACCUUCAUUCUGUGCAGAGUUUGGGCAAAAAUCAGAGUAUGGACUAAAAUCUCUUACAGCUUGUUCAGGGAAUAGUGAUUGUGCAAAUGUAGAAAAGCAACAGUUUUCCAAGUCUGAUCUACAGAAUUCUGACUACUGUAAAUCACUUACAUUAUUACCAAACUCAGCAAACACUUCAGCAGGUACUAAUGUAAGGCCAACUUGGAUGAACAUUCAAACUAAAACCAGUGCUUCUGUCCCAUUUCAGAAUCCAAGUCCUUUAGUGAAACUGAAUAAUCAUUUAUCUACCCUUUCAAAGGGUUUCAGUCAUUCAAAUGAUUUUUUUCAGUUGUCAUCUUCAAAUUUCCCUUUAAAUAGUAAUUUAUUUCACAAGUGCUGCCAAGAUAAUCCUUCAUUUUUUUCUGGUUUUGAGUUUGGUUAUAAUGCAGCAGAUCGAGCUCAGUCUGCUGCUUAUGUGGAAUCACUAGUUAAGACUGGAGAAGAGAAUCUCUUUGAGUCUGUAAGUGACAAGAAAUUAAAGCAGCCAAAUGGAUUCUGUGAAAAUUAUUCAGCUCAACAGUUUGAGAUCACUGAAAAUGUAAACAAACACUGUUUCCAGUUGAAGCCACAGAGUGGACAUUAUAAUCUGGAAGAAGAACAAAAACCUACAGAUGGGUUACUGCAGAGCACAUACCAAGAUUUAAUGGAGUCUCAGGGUCAGUUUAACCUCAGACAGGGAAGUGGAGACAGUAAUGCUGUCAAUCGUGUGACUCGUCCACAGGUUUCAAGCUUUUCCAACAAUUACAUGAUGGGUGACUUGAGACCUAAUCAGCAGCUUGGCUCAAAUGGAUUCCCCUUGAGAUCAGCCCGUUCAUUUGGCCAUUCAGUUGUGCCUUUGAUGGAAUCUUACGGCUUGUUUUCCUAUAAUGAUUUAACUCACUUCUAUCCUUAUUUUAAUGAUAUGAUGUAUGGUGACAGUUCACUUUCCGGUUUUGUACCAGCGUUUGGAUUUCAAAGACCAGUUAAAACUCGUAGUGGGCUUGCCAGUGAGUUAUAUGUUAGACUAGAAGAAUGUCAUGAACAGUGGAGAGCUUUGGAGAAAGAAAGAAAGAAGACUGAAUCAGCUCUUGCUAAGAACUACCCAGGGAAAAAGGUUUCUAGUUCUAACAACACUCCAAUCCCAAGGCUGACAUCAAACCCUUCAAGAGUUGACCGCUUAAUUGUGGAUCAGCUACGUGAACAAGCCAGAGUUGUGACUUUACUGGGAAAAAUGGAACGCCUUCGCAGUUCUCCCCUUCAUGCUAACAUUUCUACUGCUCUUGACAAACAUCUAGAGGUAAUUCACGUAGUGCAGUCACGUAGAAAAGAUGAAAUUGUAAAUGCUUCAAAUCGACGAAGGCAAGGAGCUCCCAGGUGCCAAGAUGACAGAGAUGUUUUUGCUCUUGCUUUGGCAAUUAAAGAGAUGAGCAUAGCAACACGUAAAGUACGUACUACUCUUUGGUGUGCGCUCCAGAUGACCUUACCAAAAGCUACAGCUGGACAACUGGAUACAGAGAAAGCUCUUCAGGAGAUGGUACAAUGUGAAGACAAAGUGUGUGAAAACACGAACAGCUGCAGCAUCCCAAAUCAGAGGGCUGAAACCAGCAAGCGCUAA